UAAGUUUCAUCCAAUAAAGAACCAAAAGGAGGGGCCGGCAGGCGGUUCAGUGACGCAAUGCAGAUUGAUUGGCAUUCAGGCCAUCGACGUCCUGGAUUAGCCCCGAGUUUCGCCAAUGCAAAGGCAGGGGUGGGACGGUGCAGGCGCAGAGGAUUGGGUUUGGCUGGACUCGAUUUAAAGAGACAGAAGCUGUCGGGGUCCAAGAAGACGGUACCCACGACCCUCCCCCCAAGUCCUUGGGACCACUUGGGUCCCCAAAGCUGGGGAGAUGGUUUGCGGAGGCUUUGCCUGCUCCAAGAAUGCGCUGUGCGCGCUCAACGUAGUCUACAUGCUGGUAGGCUUGUUGCUCAUUGGAGUGGCUGCUUGGGCUAGGGGCCUGGGUUUGGUGUCCAGCAUCCACAUCAUCGGAGGAGUCAUCGUUGUGGGAGUCUUCCUUCUUCUCAUCGCGGUGGCUGGACUGGUGGGUGCUGUCAACCACCACCAAGUACUGCUGUUCUUUUACAUGAUCAUCCUUGGUUUGGUCUUCAUCUUCCAGUUUGGAAUCUCUUGCUCAUGUCUGGCUAUUAACCUAAGCAAACAGACAGAUGUCAUCAAUGCUUCCUGGUGGGUCAUGAGCAACAAGACCCGGGAUGAACUGGAAAGAAGUUUUGAUUGCUGUGGCCUGUUCAACCUCACAACCCUGGACCAACAAGAUUAUGCUUUCUGCACUGCAAUCUGCAAGAGCCGGAGCCCCACGUGCCAGAUGUGUGGAGAGAAGUUUCUUAAGCAUUCCGACGAAGCCCUGAAAAUCCUGGGGGGCGUUGGGCUCUUCUUUAGCUUUACAGAGAUCCUUGGUAUGUGGCUAGCAAUGAGAUUUCGGAAUCAGAAGGAUCCUCGAGCCAACCCCAGUGCCUUUCUAUGAGACUUUGGAUCCUUCUGACUUCUCUCCUGCUGUCUGCUUUCCCUAAGCUUUUUCUUCCUCGCUUAGGGAAAACCUGGGGUCUACAGCCCUUUUUGUUUGAGAAAAAGGAAAGGCCCUUUGCCAUGCUCCCUAAAGAUGACUGAACAGCUAGGCUUUAUGCCUUGGCAUCUUUUGUUGGGAGUAAGAUUAUAAGGAAUAAAGAAAAACCUUCCUUCCUCUCUCCCUAAGUGAAUAUGGGAAGCUCCUGGCAGUGCAUGAAAUGGGAUGGGGAUUGGAGUCAUUCUUGGCUAUUUCCCCUCUGCUCCCUUCCACACACUAGACCAUCUCAACACAUCUUUGCUCCAAGAGUAAAUCAGGGACAGAUCCAGAGAGAAAACCAAGCACUCGUGUAAUAAGCAGGACUCGGUUUGGGGAAGUUCAGUGAAUAUAAAAAUAAAAACCAUUUAAACUCCAUAAUCAAAGAA